GUGGCAAGGUGAGUCGAGUGAUCGCAGCCCACACAGAUACUUCGCCACAAGGUUUAACACUGCCACCCCUCUGUCAGCUUUGCCUGGGUGUACUACAAGGACUUAUACCGUCAUCCGACUGUUUGCUGUGCCUGGGUGUACUACAAGGACUUAUACCGUCACCCCACUGUCGCCAGAACCACACUCUGCCUGGACAUACUCUUGUGUAGAGACCUGUGCCAUCAUGGAGAGUAAGGAAAUGUACCCUAGCAGUGACAAUGAACACAUUUCUGUGGACUGUGAUUCCGAUUUCAGCGACGACGCGAGCGACGUUUCGUCUGACCGCUUCCUUCUGAGGGCCAAGAGGAAGGGUCAGCUCGCCAGUAAGUGCCUCAGUGAGAAUGAGCUGCAGGAUCUCAGACUCAAGAUCAACAGCCGGGAAAGGAAGCGCAUGCAUGAUCUCAACUCCGCGUUGGACGGCUUGAGGGAGGUGAUGCCCUAUGCCCAUGGCCCGUCGGUAAGGAAGCUGUCUAAAAUCGCCACACUCCUUCUCGCCAAGAACUACAUCCUGAUGCUGAGCAGCUCCCUAGAGGAGAUGAAGAAGCUCGUCAGCGACAUCUACCAGAGUCACCAUCACACACGUGCCACCGCCCCCGCCCCGCACGUGCACACACAACUCCCCGUCAUGCCGCCCCUGCCCCCGCUCCCCCAGACCAUCGCCGGCCUGUCGUCACCGGAACUUCCUCGUGUUUCGACAGUCACAGUCAAAGAUCCGUCUCAUGCAAUCACAUCCUCAUCCCUCGCGCACGACCGCUCCCUGAUGUACGGACGCUGGCCGGCCCCUGCCUGCGCGUGCAGUCAGUGCUCGGCGGAAUCUGUGCGGGCGCCCUUCACAGCCUUCGUCCAUAAAUACCCAAGUCAUCUCUCAGCUGCCAACACGUUCAGGAAAUAAACAACACUGUGUGUACAUGUGUAUAUAGAUGUGUGUAUAUAUUUAUGUAAAAUAAUCUCGGAAGUUUGCCGUGAAACAGACUUACGUCUUGAGGUUCCGUCAGUAGGCCGACUUGUGUCCCCCAACAAAUUCCCCGCAAUCACAGCGAUGUGACACGUGUGCCAUGAGCUAAUGUCAAACGCUGAACAUUGAACGAUUUCCUGUGAAGACCCAGGUCCGCCAGGGCGACUGUCUCCGCCUACAGUAUGUAUUGAUGAUAUUUUUGUAUGAACUGAUUCGCCAUAUGUUUGAGUGCUGGUGUAGGGUGAAUCUACACAUUGUGCCUUUGAGCUUUAUUGUUUGUGAUAAAAGACCGGAAUAUAUUGAAAUGAAAUAAAUCUAAAUCAUGUUAAAUGAUUUUUAAAGAAA